AUGGCGAGCAUUGGGUUCGCCGUACCAUUUACGUGGACGGGUCAUUCGCAAUGUUUGACGGACGAGCUCUUGGUCAAUAUCAUCUCGCUCUUGGCUGUCACAACAGCUACGGCUCUUUUGUUCAUCAGAGUUGGAGUGGUAUGGCGAUGGGAUAUUCGAGUCACUACGGUGUCUGUGCUUCUGCAAGCGACCAACUUUUCCCUCGGUAUUUACGGCAUAGUAGAAUUUUGGCUUGAGGAAGCUGCACGUCACCCUUCAUUCCUCCUGGCUCGAGGAUGCUCCUUGCCUUUGGGGUUCAAUUCAGAUCGAUUUUACGCCAUCACAGUAUUUGGGACGGACGUGGUCCUUCUUUGUAUGCUAUUCACCGGCCUCAGGCGAUGGAAAUACGCCGGGGCAUUCGGUCUGUGGCAACUUUUGUGGAAUCAGGGUCUUGUAUACCUAAUGUUGCUCAUCGUCAUAGAGGUGCCCUUUCUGACCUUCUUGGCCCUGAAUCUGAACGACGUUACAUCUAUCGCGUUCUCCACACCAAUGGCGCUCAUGCUGCCUAUCGCUGCUACGCGGUUCUACCGUUCGUUGAGCAGCUUUGCGGACAACCGGCGGACAUAUGAAUCCGUAGAUCUCCCUUCGCUAUCAGGAUCCUGA